AUGAACCACUUCCAGGCCAUCCUGACCCAGGUACAGACACUGCUCUCCAGCCAGAAGCCCAGGCAGGUGCGGGCCCUCCUGGAUGGCCUGCUGGAAGAAGAGUUGCUCUCACGGGAAUACCACUGUGCCCUGCUCCAUGAGCCUGAUGGUGAUGCUCUGGCCCGGAAGAUUUCCCUGACCCUGCUGGAGAAAGGGGACUUAGACUUGACUUUCUUGAGCUGGGUCUGCAACAGUCUGCAGGCUCCCACGGUAGAGAGGGGCACCAGCUACAGGGACCAUGGAGGCCAUAGUCUGUGUGCCACCAUGGAACUGGGGUCUCCAGAGGGCAGCUACCUGGAGCUCCUUAACAGUGAUGCCGACCCCCUACAUCUCUAUCACCUCCAUGACCAGAUGGACCUGGCCGGGGAGGAGGAGAUCGAACUCAGCUCAGAGCCAGACACAGACACCAUCAACUGCGACCAGUUCAGCAAGCUGCUGCAGGACAUGGAAAUGGAUGAAGAGACCCGAGAGGCCUAUGCCAACAUUGCGGAACUGGAUCAGUACGUGUUCCAGGAUACCCAGCUGGAGGGCCUGAGCAAGGACCUCUUCAUAGAGCACAUCGGAGCAGAAGAAGGCUUUGGUGAGAACAUAGAGAUCCCUGUGGAAGCAGGACAGAAACCUCAGAAGAGACGCUUCCCAGAAGAGCAUGCUAUGGACUCAAAGCACAGGAAGCUAGCGCCCACCUCUAGGACCUCACUGAACUAUUUGGAUCUCCCCACUGGGCACAUCCAGAUCUUCACCACUCUGCCCCAGGGACUCUGGCAAAUCUCCGGGGCUGGCACAGGGCUCUCCAGUGUCCUAAUCUACCGCGGUGAGAUGCCCCAGGUCAACCAAAUACUCCCUUCAAGCAACCCCACUAUCCUCACUCUCCCCCAGUCCCCAGACCGGCCUGGCUCCACCAGCCCCUUCACACCCUCUGCAGCUGACCUGCCCAGCAUGCCCGAACCUGCGCUGACCUCCCGCGUAAAUGAGACAGAGGACACAACAUCUCCCUCCCCAUGCCAAGAGGGUCCCGAGUCUUCCAUCGAGCUUCCAAAAUGGCCAGAGGCUGUGGAGCGAUUCCAGCACUCCCUACAGGACAAAUACAAGGCGUUGCCCGAGAGCCCAAGUGGGCCUCUGGUGGCCGUGCAGCUGGUACGGGCCAGGCUGGAAAGAGGCAGCAACAAGAGCCAGGAAAGGGAGCUGGCCACUCCCGACUGGACAGAGCGCCAGCUAGCCCACGGUGGUCUGGCAGAGGUACUUCAGGUUGUCGGUGACUGCAGGCGACCACGAGAGACACAGGUGGUCGCUGUGCUGGGCAAGGCUGGCCAGGGCAAGAGCCACUGGGCCAGGACAGUGAGCCACACCUGGGCAUGUGGCCAGUUGCUACAAUAUGACUUUGUCUUCUAUGUCCCCUGUCAUUGCUUGGAUCGUCCCGGGGACACCUACCACCUGCGGGAUCUGCUCUGUCCCCCGAGCCUGCAGCCACUGGCCAUGGAUGACGAGGUCUUUGAUUAUAUAGUGAGGCAGCCAGACCGUGUCCUGCUCAUUCUAGAUGCUUUUGAGGAGCUAGAGGCCCAAGACAGCCUCCUGCACGGACCCUGUGGACCUCUGUCCCCAGAGCCCCGCUCCCUCCGGGGACUGCUGGCUGGCAUCUUCCAGCGGAAACUGCUGCGAGGCUGCACGCUGCUCCUCACAGCCCGGCCCCGGGGCCGCCUGGCUCAGAGCCUGAGCAAGGCAGAUGCCAUCUUUGAGGUGCCCAGCUUCUCUACCAAGCAGGCCCAGACUUACAUGAGGCACUACUUUGAGAACUCGGGGACAGCGGGGAACCAAGACAAGGCCCUGGGCCUCCUGGAGGGCCAGCCUCUUCUCCUCAGCUAUAGUCACAGCCCUGUUCUGUGCAGGUCUGUGUGCCAACUCUCCAAGGCCCUGCUGGAACAGGGCACAGAGGCCCAGCUACCUUGUACACUUACCGGACUCUAUGUGGGCCUGCUAGGCCCUGCAGCUCGGAACAGUCCUCCCGGAGCCUUAGUUGAGCUGGCCAAGCUGGCCUGGGAGCUGGGACGAAGACACCAAAGCACCUUGCAAGAGACCCAGUUUUCAUCAGUGGAGGUGAAGACCUGGGCAGUGACGCAAGGCUUGAUGCAGCAGACCCUGGGGACCACAGAGGCUCAACUGGCCUUCUCCAGUUUUCUGCUACAGUGUUUCCUGGGUGCUGUGUGGCUGGCACAGUGCAAUGAAAUCAAAGACAAGGAGCUGCCACAGUACCUGGCCUUGACACCAAGGAAGAAGAGGCCCUAUGACAACUGGCUGGAGGGUGUACCACGCUUUCUGGCUGGAUUAGUUUUCCAGCCUAGAGCCCACUGCCUGGGAGCUCUGGUGGAGCCUGCGGUAGCUGCAGUGGCGGAUAGGAAACAAAAGGUUCUUACCAGGUACCUGAAGCGCCUGAAGCUGGGGACGCUCCGGGCAGGGAGGUUGCUGGAGCUGCUCCACUGUGCCCACGAGUCACAGGAACCUGGGAUUUGGGAGCAUGUUGCACACCAGCUCCCUGGGCACCUCUCCUUCCUGGGCACCCGGCUCACACCCCCAGAUGUGUACGUGCUGGGCAGGGCCUUGGAGACAGCCAGCCAGGACUUCUCCUUGGACCUUCGUCAGACUGGCAUUGAGCCCUCUGGACUGGGAAACCUCGUGGGACUCAGCUGUGUCACCAGUUUCAGGGCCUCCUUGAGUGAUACAAUGGCAUUAUGGGAGUCCCUUCAGCAACAGGGAGAAGCCCAGCUACUCCAAGCAGCAGAGGAGAAGUUCACCAUUGAGCCAUUUAAAGUCAAAUCCCCCAAGGACGUGGAAGACCUGGACCGCCUCGUGCAGACCCAGAGGCUGAGAAACCCCUCAGAAGAUGCAGCUAAGGAUCUUCCUGCCGUCCGGGACCUUAAGAAGCUAGAGUUUGCGUUGGGCCCCGUCUUGGGCCCCCAGGCUUUCCCCACUCUGGCAAAGAUCCUUCCAGCCUUCUCUUCCCUGCAGCACCUGGACCUGGACUCACUUAGUGAGAACAAGAUCGGAGACAAGGGUGUGUCGAAGCUCUCAGCCACCUUCCCUCAGCUGAAGGCCCUGGAGACGCUCAACUUGUCCCAAAACAGCAUCACUGAUGUGGGUGCCUGCAAGCUUGCAGAAGCUCUGCCGGCCCUAGCCAAGUCCCUCCUAAGGCUGAGCUUGUACAAUAACUGCAUCUGUGACAAAGGAGCCAAGAGCCUGGCACAAGUACUUCCAGACAUGGUGUCCCUGCGGGUGAUGGAUGUCCAGUUCAACAAGUUCACAGCUGCCGGUGCCCAGCAGCUGGCCUCCAGCCUUCAGAAGUGCCCUCAGGUGGAAACACUGGCAAUGUGGACACCCACUAUCCCCUUUGGGGUUCAGGAACACCUGCAGCAUCUGGAUGCCAGGAUCAGUCUGAGAUGACCCUGCUGUGCUCUGGGCAAGCAUGUACUCUGGGGACACUGACCACGCUGGACCUUGAACUGGGUACUGUGGACUCAGCUUUUCUGUGGGCCAUAUCCCAUAAGAGUCAGCAUCUGGUCACCCUGCCCUUCACACGAGGAAGGGGCAUAUGCCUUGCUCCUCUGCAGGCCCCAAGACCAGCUCCGGGCCCUUACGGCGCCAGGUACAAACACAGCCCCACUCUUCGACCGUGAGCGCUGGCAGACAGAACUGGGGCUACCUUCCAUGGGUUCAACCAGGAGGACAAAGGCCUUCUCUUCGACACUCCAGGACAGAACGAGGAACAGAGGCAUCCAAGUGCCUGCUUGUCCAAACCAGGGCCAGCCUGGUGAGAAAGCAUGUCUUCCUGCUGCUCCCAACAGGGCCUCCUAGAGACUCUGAAGACGCUGAGGGUGACACUGGCCCACAGACCUCUAGAUGUGACAGGGAGCCUAUGGUAGCUCUUUCUAAUUGUGGCAUGGUUUCCAUAAACUUUAGGUCAAAGCUGAGUCAGGCCUGUCCCAGACCCUGGAUGUGAACCAAGAGCCAGGGAGUGGUUCGCUUUGGGGCUGCUGGCGGGGAGUUCUUCUAGCUUCACCUUCAUAGUCACUACACUAAAAAUGCACCAGCUACGUUCACUGAAGCUCUGGGGCUUGGUUUAUCCCACAAGUCCCAUCUGGGGACACUUUCUGCCCCAUCUAAUGCAAACAAAACAAAACAAAACAAAACCAGCCGAACUAUAAUAACUUAAAACAAUACACACUCUGCUGGCCAGGCAGGCUCAGUAGAGCUCACCAACCCAGAAAUCAGGCUGGAAUCAUCUUGAGUAUGUGUCUAGCUUGUGACACAAGUUGCUGGCUGGGAGCCCUGAGUCCUUAAUUGGACAGCUGGCUGGGGCUUGCCCUCCUCAUAGCAUUAUAGUUAUAGGGGGACCACCCAGAGAGGAGAAAGUGAGGAGACAGGCCAGCAGAGACAGUCUGUAGACUGUUCAGAACAGGGGUCAAGGCCACACGGUAUUGUUUCCACAGCACUUCGCAUGUGCCCAUGUGCAUGCCAUACAGCACUCUGCACGCGCCCGUGUGCAUGCCAUGCAACCCACCACUGCUGAGAUCCUGCCUUCACUGCAAAGAUCUUCGUAGCGUCCAAAGAUGCAGUGAAAAGUUCUUAUUCCUUCCUGCACCUGAGAACUGAAGCCGUGACUACUGUACAGCGUGGAGUGUUCUCUCCUACUGCCCUGCUGCAUCCUGG